GUAGUCCCUUCUCCAUCUUUUUUUUUUUUGGUUACCCUGUCCUGGUCUUGCCAGCUCAGUCAUGGGCGUCGUGAGCAGUUGCUGUGAAUCCUGCUUCCGUUCACGGAGAUCUCAGCAGUACGAGCCACUCCUGCUGGAGAACGAGCGGGAAGCAGUAGCUGACCUUCUCCAAUAUCUCGAGAACCGUACUACCACUAAUUUCUUUCAAGGCUCCCCCCUCACUGCUCUCACCACUUUGUCUUUCUCGGACAAUGUCGACCUACAACGUAGCGCCGCUCUCGCAUUCGCAGAGAUAACCGAAAAGGAGGUCCGUCCCGUUGGCCGGGACACACUCGAUCCCAUCCUUUUCCUCCUGAGUAGCCAGGAUACCGAAGUCCAACGUGCCGCCAGUGCUGCGCUCGGCAAUUUGGCAGUGAACACCGAGAAUAAGCUCCUCAUUGUCAAACUGGGCGGAUUGGAACCUCUCAUCCGCCAGAUGCUCUCCCCGAAUGUAGAGGUUCAGUGCAACGCCGUCGGGUGUAUCACCAACCUCGCUACUCACGAUGACAACAAGACCAAGAUAGCAAAGUCUGGGGCUCUCGUGCCUCUUACUCGAUUAGCUCGUUCUAAGGACAUGCGGGUCCAACGCAACGCGACAGGCGCACUCCUAAACAUGACCCACUCCGAUGAGAACCGACAGCAGCUUGUCAAUGCCGGUGCCAUUCCUGUGCUUGUCAGUCUACUGAACUCUGUGGAUACGGACGUGCAAUACUACUGCACGACAGCGCUGAGUAACAUCGCGGUCGACGGCGUGAACAGAAAAAAGCUUGCUCAGACGGAACCUAAGCUUGUCUCGAGUCUCGUUGCGCUCAUGGACAGUCCAAGUCUCAAGGUCCAGUGCCAGGCAGCACUUGCCUUGAGGAAUUUAGCUAGUGACGAGAAGUAUCAACUGGAAAUCGUGAAGGCAGAUGGCCUUACUCCCCUCUUACGUCUCUUGCAGUCGACAUAUUUGCCGCUUAUACUCUCAGCUGCGGCGUGCGUACGGAACGUGUCUAUUCACCCUCAAAACGAGUCACCCAUCAUCGAGUCGGGAUUCCUGCAACCGCUAAUUUCGCUGCUUUCGUUCAAGGACAACGAGGAGGUACAAUGUCAUGCGAUCUCUACGCUUCGGAAUUUGGCGGCAAGUUCGGAGAAGAAUAAGACGGCCAUUGUGAAGGCUGGGGCUGUACAGACGAUCAAGGAGCUGGUGCUUGAGGUGCCGAUGAAUGUACAGAGCGAGAUGACGGCUUGCAUUGCCGUUUUGGCAUUGAGUGAUGAGCUCAAGGGACGACUUUUAGAGAUGGGUAUAUGUGAAGUGCUGAUACCAUUAACGAAUUCCCCUAGCUCGGAGGUGCAGGGAAACAGUGCGGCGGCUCUUGGUAAUCUGUCAUCCAAAGACGGACGAACGGCUUCUGACGAUUACUCGGCGUUUAAUGAUGUGUGGGACAAACCCGAUGGUGGCAUGCAUCGGUACUUGUACAACUUCUUGACAAGCGUAGAUGCGACGUUUCAGCACAUCGCUGUGUGGACGAUUGUGCAAUUACUCGAGUCAGGAGAUCCGCAGCUGAUCAGUAACAUCCGGAAUUCGAACCUGCUGAUUCCGGCUAUCCGACAAUUGGCGACGUCGCGUACGCCAACACCGACAGCGUCUGUUGGUACCCCUCGAUCACAUCACUCGCAAACGCAGUCGUAUCAGGAUACCGAAGCGGGGGAUGGCCAUGGGGAGAUCCAGUUGUUGGCACGACGGAUACAGGAGAUUGUGGAGGAGGACACAGAUGGAGGUGUUCCGCGGAGCGUUACCGGUUCACAUAUUGGCACAUCAUCGGUGGCAAGUUCGACGGGUCGAGAGCACGAGGAGUUGAGACGAAGUGUUCGAGAGGCAUUUUCGUCCACCGGAUCAUACCACUAGCGGUAACGGCAGCAGCUGUGCAUGGACAUUGAGGUAGGUACUGUCGCUGUGAGGGUUCCAUUCAUCAAGUGUGGUCUCCAUUUUUAUGUGCAUUCUUGUUGUAUUUGACCAAGGGGCGGUCUUCGA